GUUAGGGACAGCUUGGGAGCUUUAGAAAAAAUUAUUUCUUUCCAGACUCUGUCUUCUGUAUUGUAGUUCUUAGGCACAUGCUAAAGUGAUCAUCAGUUUAGCGUGCCCCCCAACAAACAGCUAUCAUUAGCCCUAUUCAAAAAUGGCGGCAAUAUGAGUUUCCCGGGCCAGAGGUCGGUUGUAACCCGGAAGUGACCUUCUAAGGAGGGCGUGUUGAGGCGAUCCGGAAGUGAGUGUAAUGAAGAGGUGCCACUUGGCGGCCAUGGCAGCUGUAGUAUUGGCGACUCCGGGUCGAGGCCCGGCGAAGUGGAGUACCAUGGGCAGCAUCGGGCAUAGGGCAGAGACAGCUUUAUGUCAGCUUAGCUGGUGAAUCCCUACAACCCAUCGUUAGAGACCUGCAGGACUUCUUUCCCCAGGCUAGACUCGGAGGGGAGUGGGCUGGGACCGGUGGGCUGGUCCCAGCUUUAGGGGAGUGGAUCAGCUGCGGGGCCAUCCGAGAGAAACAGGGGCUCUGAGACUACGCAGAGUUCGCUUGGGUUUUCCUGUUCUUGCUGUCUGAGACGUUGUGUGUGUGUGGCGGGGGGAGCGGGCCAUUGUACCUCCCUCAUUUCGAAGAUUGAAGAAAUUGCUCCUUGGAACAAUUUUGCCGUCUCUGUUAACCCACGAGAAUGCAGUGACUGGCGUCCAAGAACCCAGGGACUGGGAUCUAAGAGUGCUCAAAGUUUUUUUCUGGUGCUAAUAUCAGCAAAAAGGGAUCGUUUCCGCGUACAUUCAAAGUGCCUCGUGAGCACACCUGGUGAGGAGGCCUAAAGAACGAGAAAGUCCGUCCACUGGUUCUCUUGGGACCACUGCGCGUUUAAAGAGCCUAAACGCGUUUUGAAGCUGCUGGAAUAUUGAAGUGUGGCGUUGGCGGGUGAAUAAAGGGCAGAAUGGAUGAUUUCAUCUCCAUCAGCCUGCUCUCUCUGGCUAUGUUAGUGGGAUGUUACGUGGCUGGAAUCAUUCCCUUGGCUGUUAAUUUCUCGGAGGAGCGCCUGAAGCUGGUGACUGUUUUGGGCGCUGGCCUGCUCUGUGGCACUGCGCUGGCGGUCAUCGUGCCUGAGGGAGUACAUGCACUUUAUGAAGAUAUUCUGGAGGGAAAGCACCACCAAGCCAGUGAAACACAGAAUGUGAUUGCAUCAGACAAGGCAGCAGAAGUAUCAGUUGUCCAUGAACAUGAGCACAGCCACGACCACACACAGCUGCAUGCCUACAUCGGCGUGUCCCUCGUGCUGGGCUUUGUGUUCAUGUUGCUAGUGGACCAGAUUGGCAGCCCCCACAUGCAUUCUCCUGACGAUCCAGAAACAGCAAGGCCUAGCAGCUCCAAAAUCACUACCACGCUGGGUCUGGUCGUCCACGCUGCAGCUGACGGCGUUGCUUUGGGAGCAGCAGCUUCUACUUCACAGACUAGUGUCCAGCUAAUUGUGUUUGUGGCAAUAAUGCUACAUAAGGCCCCUGCAGCUUUUGGGCUGGUUUCCUUCCUGAUGCACGCCGGCCUGGAGCGGAACCGAAUCCGAAAGCAUUUGCUGGUCUUUGCACUAGCGGCACCGGUUAUGUCCAUGGUGACAUAUUUAGGACUAAGUAAGAGCAGCAAAGAAGCCCUCUCAGAAGUCAAUGCCACUGGAGUGGCCAUGCUCUUCUCUGCUGGGACAUUUCUUUAUGUUGCCACUGUCCAUGUCCUGCCUGAGGUGGGCGGCAUGGGGCACAGCCACAAGCCCGACGGCGCGGGAGGGAGAGGCCUCAGCCGCCUGGAGGUGGCAGCCUUGGUCCUGGGCUGCCUCAUCCCACUCGUCCUGUCAGUAGGGCACCAGCAUUAAAGUUCAGGUCCCAGCCGCAGCCCAUGGCCCUUUGCCUCCCAGUGAGAACAGCAGGCCGCCAGCCACUUACUUCCUGAGUCUCUGUCCCGCCCCCGCCCAUCUCCGCCCGUGUCCCUAGAGUCCGGAGGGAGGUGAGAGUUGGUCCUGGAGUGUGGAUAGGUGUAGCCUAGGCGCAAGGCGUUGUGACCGGCAGAGGCUUGUGUUGUCUUUUAAAGGGCCCUCGGCAUAUUGAGUUUUGAUGUUUCUUAACCCUAUUCUCAGGGAAGAUGGAAUUUAGUUUUAAGGAAAAGUAGGAACUUCAUACCAUGAAGUAGUCAUUAUAAACACACAGUGUUCUGUAAGUAAACUAAAUCUCUUCUUUUCACCCCUUGACUUUUGACAUGGUUCUCACCGUGUGAGAUCGGUGAGAUCUCACACUUCAGCAUCGGUGCCACACACUUCAGUUGAAGGUCACAGCACCCACUCUCAGGUGCUGGGGGUAAUUCGCAGCUGCAGCAAGGGAAGGCAGGGCUGGACGCCCUGCAGACUGACUUACGCUCAAAGGAGAUACCCACUGAAAGGGGAGGUCUAGAGAGACUUACGCGCUUCCUUUGCACCUGCCUGUAAGUACACUGCCGGCCCGUCCUGAGGGGCAGCAGCAGGGACUGGCUCCAGGAGAGGAGUGCCCUUUCGGAGCAUUUCUUGUUUCCUGUGCAGAGUGCUUGCCUCCAGCGCAUUCUUGCGCAGGGACCACGGCCUAGACUUGGGCUGAGGCUUUCCUCCGAGGACAGUCUGAUCACGAUGUAUCUUUGGAAAUGAAAGGAGGCUAAAUUUUAAGUACAUUUGGAUAGUUACUGACAUCUUUGUAGUCACCUUUUUUAAAAGACUACCAAAUCUUUUUUUUUUUUUUUUUUUUGAGUACUUCUCUUAUCAGGUCAGCAGUCCCUCUGGCUAAGCACCUGUCCCGCAUGGGAGCAUUGUGCCCGCUUACAUAAACACCUGUAGCUGGAAGGAAGUCGAGCUGUGUCCCAAGAGAGAAGUCUCUGCCCGGUAGCUUAAAGCUUCUCAAAAUCAUGUCUCUUGUGUAUUCGUCUUCCCCAUGGUUGUCUCCUGACUUUGCCCUCCGGCCGCUCCUGCAAUUUGCUGCUUACUGCCGGUGGCAGUAUCAAUACUUGUGUGAGACGAAUGCUUAUGAGGACAGCCACUUCUUAAACUGCGAUGAUAUCGUCUCUGGGUAAUAUCGUCUCUGUUCUUUACUGCCUUCAAAGAAGUUACUUUUGUGUGAAAUGCAGCUUUGUUAAGUUCUCAAAAUAUCACCUCCUUGUUGUGUGAAUUGACCUAAUCUCUAAUAUUCUGAUAAUUUAAACAGUUGAGACAGCAAAAGUAUUUAACAAACCAACGUGAUUUUCCAUGUUUGCCAAAACCCAUAUAAAUCCUAUUCUGUCAAAUAAGUGUAAGAUACUGUAUUCUUAAUUUAUUUUGAUUUUCUGUACCAUUUCAAAGCACAUUUUUUUAUGUUAAGCAGGAACUAAGACUAGUGUCUUCAGGGCAGUGGAUUUAGUUGUCCGUCAAACGUGUUAUGUGACGCAGAAACCAUAUAGCAUGCCUGCAAUUUCUUUUUUCCUUUGAUUUGUCACUGUCAGCAGCUGUGGAAUCAAACUUGUGUGCCCUCUGCUGGUUGCAGUGAAGAAAGUAGCAGAAGUAGGAUACAGUUCGUACAGUAGCUGGCAACCAUUGCACAUAAUAGUGUUAAAGCCAAGGGUGGGCCCGGUAGGGAAAGCCUGAGCGGCUCUGCUGGUUAGAACCUAACAGCUGACUCCUGGGAGGCUCCAGGUAUCACCUUGUCCUUCAGAGUACGGUUGCCUGCAUCUCUCCGGAAACUGUCAAAGGAAUAGACUUCUUGUGCCUGGUUUGGUUUCAGUAGAAGUGAUUUCUGUCAUAGCGUUGUGUGCAGUGGUCAGAAAUUUGGUUUGCGGGCCAAUGCCCCUUUGAGCAGUGCCUUGCCGUCACACUUAAAAAAGCUUGGCUAGAAUAUCUUGCUGGAUAGGGCCUUGAACUCUGGCAAGGAUUGAACCCUAAGACUUCCAAAUUUGCCUUCCCCUCUGGACCUCAAUUUAACCAGCUCUCCGAAGCCGUGGGCUUUCCCAGGCUUAAAGCUGCGGCCUCAGGAACUGCUUGUUCCUCCGCUGGCCAGCAGGCAGAAAUAGCCAUACGAAUCUCACAGGGCUCAAAUGCGUCUUCAGGCAGGGAACCGUGCGGCGUGGCGGGGGCCUCUGCCGAGGAGGAGCUUGCUCCGUGGUGGGCGCGGGCUCAGAAGAGGCCGUCUCGUGUUCACCUCAGCACAUUUCGGUUCUGUUUCUCUCCCACUUCAAAUUGCCUCCUUAGCUGUGGAUGCCUUAAUGCUGUAACACAUUUGCAAAUUUAACAGUACUUACGGUCGCUGCCAUGACUACUGGAAUUACUGGCUACCAAAGAGACGCAGCUGGUGAUGAAAAGCACGGUCCAUCCUUCCUCACAACCAAAGUCAGUCUUCAGUGCAGCCUGAGUCCUUGUACUUGGCAGGGGUAGACUUUCUGCAGAUGCGAAGUGCUCUCUGAAAUGCCAAACCAAACUGACAGAUGCUACUGACCUGGCCCCCACCCAUUCUGCGGUCAGCUGCUUAUCAGUUCUCAUGUCAGCGAAGCAGGGAUGUUUCAGGCCUCAUCCCGUUUUGCUGUGCAUGCUGUUGCCCGAUUUUUUUUCCCCAGAGGUUCUGUACUGGAAUGUAAAGAGCUGAAAAUGGCACUACCCACCCUCACCUCUUUAUUUCCCAGUUCAAAGCAGCCCAGGCACCCUGCUCCGGUAUUUUGAAUCAUUAGAGAAAAAAAGGAACUGUUUUGUGGUAUCAUUUCUUACAGAAAGGAGAAAGUGUAAUUGUGUUUUCUACCAGCCGACUUCUCAGUGUCACUGCCUGGUUUUUCUCUUUUUUAAGGAUUAGAACUAGGAGGACACACCAGCUUCGGAGUGUGUUCAGCCCAACACACAGGGUAGCUAGGUACUGACGCGGGAACUGUAUGCCAACAGCACCAGCCCCAAAGAUUGUGCCUGCCUCCUGGGCCCAGAGCCCCGUGGGAGCCCGAGAGUCACAACCCCUUCAUCCCAGACUGCUGCAGUGCACGGCAAGGACGCGGUUGUUCAAGAGAGGACCCUUCUUUGCGUCAGAAGGUUUUUGCUCAGAACAGAACUGUGCACGCCACCCAUAGAGCGCGACUGGAGAUGCCAUGAAAGUAAAACCAAUGACAUGGCCUCUGCGUUCCCGAGACGCCUCCGCUCCCCAGGAGGCCUGGAGGAGAGAGCUGUGGCUGUGGGACAGGACUGCCAGCGCUUCAGGAAUUCUCUAGAUAAGCUCGCCUAGCACAGCGGCUCACCUCAAGGAGACUGGCGUUGGCCUGCGUCAGGCGGUGUCUUCCCGCAAGCUGGGAGUCUUCAUGGGACGAUAACGCCACAGUUCCCCCGGUCUGGUGGCCUGAACAGUGGUUUUAAAUGUCCCUUUUUUGGAUCCUUUGUAUACAUGAAAUCAUUCCAUAGAUGGCUGCCUUAUAAUUUUGUCUCUUUCCAUUUUAAUUGUGAAUGGUUUAAAAGAAUUGCUGUUUUCUGAUUUGUUUUAUGAUAUUAAAUUUUUAUUAGUGCAUACCUUAUGCGAGUGCCUCAUUACUGUGAGUUGGCAGUAUUUCUCUUUGACACCCAGAAUUGACCCACAAUUAAAAAUCAAAGAAGCAUUGAGAAGCUGCCUGCUACAUGUGCAUCCUUUAACCGAGGAAGGAGACAGGAAGGAGGGAGACUUAGGGACUGGACCAGCUGCUCCCGGAGACACAAAUUCAGUGACUUUUAAAAAAAAUUUUUUUUUGCUUUGCUGUUACAGAGUGCAAGUAUGAUUUAUGAAGGUAGCUCCCUACCUCCAAAAAGGAGAAGCAGGCAGCAGAUGCCAGUCACCAUGGAUUCACUUCCAAAGGCAGAGCUAUUCUGUGAGCGUAUAGACGCUCUGAGCAACUGACACUGGAAAUAAAGAUUAAAACAGAA